CCAAAAGUAAAACUAGCUGAAAAAGUUACUCAUUUUUAUCCCGGUAUUCAAAUCCCCACUUUUGAUGCGUUGAGUUUCAAGCCAAUGACAGAUGAAGAGGAAGCUCUAUUGGGAGAGCUGAAUAAUGAGCUUCCAGACCCUACAUUGUUUAACUUACGCAUAAUAGAUAGCACAGGUGCUUUUGUACAUAAUUUAAAGAUACCAUCUCCCGUAGCAGAAAGACUCGACAAAGCUGAAAUUGAUAGCCUAACCAAAUUUUGUUCUCAGAAGAUUCACAAGAGAUAUAAUGUUAUAGUAACAACCAACAGCACUAUUAACAGGGAAGAGUUGUUAUAUGUGCUUCGUGGUGGCCGCCUUGACGACAAGGUGGAAGAAGCAGUUUUGGACACGAUUAGCCAGGAGGCAUAUGGCAAAGGAUAUGGAGUGGUAUCGGUGUUCUUUCUUGUAAGAACAUGCUAUUCCUAAUUUCACCACGUUAGUUUUGAUUGAAAUUCAUGUUAGAUCUUGUGUAAUCCAUGCUAGUUAUACCAUGAGUCACGUUAGUUCUAGUUAGCAUCAAUUUAGACCUACCAUAAGUCAUGUUAGGUCCGUUCUGUAGAGUGUUAGUUCUAAUCUGCACAGUGUUAGUUCUAUUCUGUAGAGUGU